CAUACGAACCAUAUGGAGAUAGCGAGGCGUGGGCUUUCCUUCCAUUCUACAGCCCAAGCAUCCCUUCACUUCCAGUGCAACCAACUCUGCCAUGGCACAGUCGCGACCUCUGGAAUUGAAGAUAAUCCUCAUUGGUGAUAUCGUUUCUGCGACCUACGGCGUGGACCUUCAUGUGAGUUCCCUCUCACGCACGAAACACAGAAGACAUGUGUAGUAUGUCCCAUACACGCACAUCUUGUGUGUUCCAUUCUUUCAAAACAUGGAAGUUGAUGGGCGGCAGGUGAAACUCGGUAUAUGGGACACAGCAGGAAUGGAACGAUUCAGGGUGAUCACGGCACCAUUCUACAGAAGGGCGCAUGGUGUUGUACUCGUGUACGACAUCACGGAUAGAGCAUCGUUCGAUGCGUUGCCGGGUUGGCUUACCGAACUCGAUGACCACGUUCCAUCCACGAUACCCAAGAUGAUUGUGGGGAACAAGUUAGACCAGGAAUAUUCCCGAAAAGUAUCUACCUCUGACGGGGAAUCAUUUGCCGCUCAAAACGGUGCCCUCUUUCGUGAAGCAAGCGCUAAGACUUCUGUAAAUGUGACCGAAAUCUUUGAGGAUCUCGUCAAAAAGAUACUCGAGGCCGACGAUCGCACGAAAUCUGUGGACGUUUUUAGAACGUGGCCCCAGGAUGGCAUACUCAAGCUGCUUGCAAAAGACCGUCCCAAACAUAACUGGCGGGAUAAAUGCAAGUGUUAGGACGUAUGUAUCUAUGUAUCUAUGUAGUUUUUAGUGGCUGGCAGACAUAGGAUCUUGUCAAACAAGAAUCCACGAUAUGAAAUCCCUAGUGUACCAACA